AUGGCCGAAUUCGUGCGCGCACAGAUCUUUGGCACGACGUUUGAGAUCACGUCGAGAUACUCGGAUCUCCAGCCCGUUGGCAUGGGCGCCUUUGGACUCGUCUGCUCCGCCCGCGACCAGCUCACGAAUCAAAAUGUUGCCGUCAAGAAGAUCAUGAAGCCGUUCAGCACGCCCGUCCUCGCCAAGCGAACAUAUCGAGAGCUCAAGCUGCUCAAGCACCUCAGACAUGAGAACGUCAUCUCACUCAGCGACAUCUUCAUCUCCCCUCUCGAGGACAUCUACUUUGUCACAGAGCUGCUCGGCACCGAUCUGCACCGGUUACUUACCUCGCGACCCCUGGAGAAGCAGUUCAUCCAGUAUUUCCUCUAUCAGAUUAUGCGCGGACUGAAAUACGUGCACUCUGCCGGUGUCGUCCACCGUGACCUUAAGCCCAGCAACAUCCUCGUCAACGAAAACUGCGAUCUCAAGAUUUGCGACUUUGGCCUUGCCCGCAUCCAAGACCCCCAGAUGACGGGCUACGUCUCCACCCGAUACUACAGAGCACCCGAAAUCAUGCUCACGUGGCAAAAGUACGACGUCGAGGUCGAUAUCUGGAGUGCCGGCUGCAUCUUCGCCGAGAUGCUCGAGGGCAAGCCGCUCUUCCCUGGCAAGGACCACGUCAACCAGUUCUCAAUCAUCACCGAGCUCCUCGGCACACCCCCCGAUGAUGUUAUCAACACUAUUGCUAGCGAGAAUACUUUGAGAUUCGUCAAGUCUCUCCCCAAGCGCGAGCGACAGCCCCUCAAGGACAAGUUCAAGAAUGCCGAUGACGCUGCCAUCGACUUGCUCGAGAGAAUGCUCGUCUUCGACCCCAAGAAGCGGAUAACGGCCACCGAAGCGCUGGCGCACGAGUACCUCGCUCCCUACCACGACCCGACCGACGAGCCCGUCGCCGACGAGAAGUUUGACUGGAGCUUUAAUGACGCCGACCUGCCCGUCGACACGUGGAAGAUUAUGAUGUACUCCGAGAUCCUCGACUACCACAACGUCGAUUCCAACCCGCAGGCCAUGGACGGCCAGCAGUUUAAUGGGCAAUGA